AAAAAUCCAAUAACUGUAAUUAUAACCCUCCCACGUCUUUCUAGAUCUAGGCCUCUAUACGAGAGAACAACGAAGAUUGCCUCACUGCCUCUGCGGCUAGCUGACUUCCCGCUGGUCCUCCGCACCGUCGAACGCCGAAUGGCCCUCUCUCUUCACCGACGAACGUUGCUAUUUCACCAGUAUACAUCACCUCUCUCCUCACUGGCGUACGCAAUUUCACCAGCCCCUCUCCACGGCCGAACGCAGCUUCGCCAGUCUCUCUCCACGGCUGAACUCUGCAUCGCCGGUCUCUCCUCACCGCUAAACGCUGGCUCCACAAUAGCAGCAGCAGGCUCUCUCCUCACCGCUGAACACCACUUCCACAUCACUACCUGACGGCUCUCUAAAUCUACCGCACCAUACCUUCUACUCUUUCUAGUUACAGGCAUUUGCAUGGGAUGUGUGUUCGAAAGAGUAGUACACAUCUGUACUAUUUUCUACUCAACUGACUGAGUGAAGGAAACAAAGAGUCUUACUCACUCCAUACUACUAUCAAACAAACCAAAGGCAAACAUUACGAGUAAUCUAGAUUUGGCGAUGCAAGCACAUUAAAUGACAAAAAGUAAAAGUAAUUCCAAGUCAAAAUGGGUUAAGCCAAUGGCAUUCAACGUGCAAGACUCAAGAGUGUUGGACAUUGAUUUUCUGUGAAGCAACUACCAUAUACGGAGUAGUAUUUAUUUAGUAGAAAAUAUUCUUAGUAUAUCUGAAAUUGAUAUGGAAUUUUGUUUCCAACUUUUUUGAAUUUUGAUGGUGUAAAAUAAUAGUGUUUAUAAUGUUCAAAUUUCACUAGUAUGAUAAUGCUAAAUUGAA